UCUAUAUUGUCUGUGGUAUUAAAAAAUUGAAGUCCCUUCGCUUUUGUAGUCGCGUUUUCAGCGUUUAUCAUGGGAAAAAUGCUGUUAUAAUCCGCUAACCCAGAAGACGUGCCUCAGAAAUCGUCGGAAACACGUGCAGUGAAAAGACAAUUAGAUAUUUUAUACAAUUAUAUGAUUAGUUGCUCUCAUUUGACAAAUUGCGCUAGACCGCAUAUAUAAAAUGGCAGCCCUACCACGUAGAAUAAUCAAAGAGACACAGCGACUGAUGCAGGAACCAGUGCCAGGAAUCAGCGCGGUGCCCAGCGAGACCAACGCUCGCUAUUUUCACGUUAUCGUCACCGGUCCCGAGGACUCGCCCUUCGAGGGGGGCCUCUUCAAAUUAGAGUUAUUUCUACCGGAGGACUAUCCCAUGUCAGCGCCUAAGGUUAGGUUUAUAACGAAAAUAUACCAUCCGAACAUAGAUCGGCUGGGCCGUAUAUGCUUGGACAUAUUGAAAGAUAAGUGGAGUCCAGCGCUGCAGAUCCGCACGGUGCUGCUGUCGAUCCAGGCGCUGCUGUCGGCGCCGAACCCAGACGAUCCGCUGGCCAACGACGUGGCCGAGCUGUGGAAGGUGAACGAGAGCGAGGCGAUCCGGAACGCGAAGGAGUGGACGCGGAGAUACGCCAUGGACAACUGAGUGGCCACCGGCGACCCGCGCCCCGCGCCCCCAGUGCCUGUCCCGCGCUCCCGCCCAGGGCGCGAACAACAGAUAUAUCAUUAAGAGUGCAAGUUAUGUUACACAUCCUAGACCGAGUAACUUGUGGAGAGACUAUUGUGGAUAAAUUUAUAUCAGGGGGUGUGGGCGGCGCGACCGAGGGCUCGUACACGGCCGCGCCGCCGCGCCCGCUGCGCCGGAGCGCCACGGCCGCCGCCGGAGCAGGCCGCUGGCCUCUGGCCGCACUACAGAUCAUUGUUUACCCGUUCACAUGUAGCUUCGUUAUGAUAUUAGGUACGCAUAUUUUUUUACUAUCAUUAAUAGCAAAUAAAAUUUACCUGGAGACUUAAAUGUAUAUAUUUCAUGGUUACAAAUUUGGUUAAUUUUAUACAUGAAUAGCGGAAUAAUACUGUCACAAAGUAAAUGUCUUUGUAAACGUCAUGGAACACCCGCUCUUGAGUGCAAAUAUGCUUAAAUAUCAGUUAACUGAUCUCUAGUGAUACUGAAUGUUAAUUUAAUUUUUGUACUAGAAAGUGGAAGCAUUUUAGGUAUUUUAAUUUUCACUGUUAAGCUGCAUCAACAUAAUUUCACUGUGAAUCUUUUGUGUACUAUUUACAUCUUGUAUAAAAAGUUAUCAUUAAAUUGUAUUUAUGUAAAUUUAAUUUGGCUUUGUGAGCAACUUCAAAAUACAUAAUAUACAAAAGCUGA